CCCAAGUGGCCCGGGGCCCUGACGACCGGGCGCGGGGCUGCGCCGGCAGGGACGGAGUGUUGCCUUUGGUUCCGGCUGGCGCGAAGCUUGCCAGAGCUCAUCUCGAGCCAAGCUUCCCUUCCUUCCACUUAGCCCCAGGGUGGAUCGCCCUGGCCUAACCCCAUCGUAAGGUUGAAGAAGACCCUCAGACUCUGCCCAGCUUCAGACACACACAGCUUCUCCAGGCAGCUCUGCUUCUGAACAGGGAUUACUUCUCUAGCUCACCCUGGAUGAUGUCACUUGGUAGCAGAGGGGGACUGUGAGACCGUGGCUGGGAGCCAGGUUGAAGCCACUUGCCCACCUCUGCCCAACCAAGGGGCAUCCCACAGUCUGGGAACAGCAAGUGGCUGUAGGCCACAGACACAGCGAGGAUAUGCAUGUCGAGGGGAGCACCUCCACUCCCCUCCCCCCAACCUCAGACACAAGCCCGGUGACAUCUACCUUCUCCGUCGUGGACUAUGUGGUCUUCGUCCUACUGCUGGUUCUCUCCCUUGCAAUCGGGCUCUACCAUGCCUGUCGUGGCUGGGGCCAGCAUACCGUUGGCCAGCUGCUUAUGGCGGACCGAAAAAUGGGCUGUCUCCCAGUGGCGCUGUCCCUGCUGGCCACCUUCCAGUCGGCAGUGGCCAUCCUGGGUGUGCCGUCCGAGAUCUACCUAUAUGGGACCCAGUAUUGGUUCCUGGGCUGCUCCUAUUUUCUGGGACUACUGAUCCCAGCACACAUCUUCAUCCCUAUCUUCUACCGCCUGCAUCUCACCAGUGCCUAUGAGUACCUGGAGCUCCGAUUCAAUAAAGCCGUGCGGGUUUGUGGGACCGUGACCUUCAUCUUUCAGAUGGUGAUCUACAUGGGGGUUGUACUCUAUGCACCGUCAUUGGCCCUGAAUGCAGUAACUGGCUUUGAUCUGUGGCUGUCAGUGCUAACCUUAGGCGUCGUCUGCACCAUCUAUACUGCUCUGGGUGGUCUAAAGGCCGUCAUCUGGACAGAUGUGUUCCAGACGCUGGUCAUGUUCCUGGGGCAACUGGCAGUUAUCAUCGUCGGGUCAGCCAAGGUGGGCGGCAUGGGGCACGUGUGGGAUGUGGCUUCCCAGCACGGCCGCAUCUCUGGGAUCGAGCUGGAUCCAGAUCCUUUUGUGCGGCACACUUUCUGGACCUUGGCCUUUGGGGGAGUCUUCAUGAUGCUCUCCUUAUACGGGGUGAACCAGGCCCAGGUGCAGCGCUAUCUCAGUUCCCGCACGGAGAAGGCUGCGGUGCUCUCCUGCUAUGCGGUGUUCCCCUGCCAGCAGGUAGUCCUCUGCAUGGGCUGCCUCAUUGGCCUGGUCAUGUUCGCCUAUUACCAGGAGUAUCCCAUGAGUACCCAACAGAGUCAGGCAGCCCCUGACCAGUUUGUCCUGUAUUUUGUGAUGGACCUCCUGAAAGACCUGCCAGGCCUGCCUGGGCUCUUUGUUGCCUGCCUCUUCAGUGGCUCCCUCAGCACUAUCUCCUCUGCUUUUAAUUCACUGGCAACCGUUACGAUGGAAGACUUGAUCCGGCCCUGGUUCCCUGAGUUCUCUGAAUUCCAGGCCACCAUGCUUUCCAGAUUCCUCGCCUUUGGCUAUGGGCUGCUUUGUCUGGGAAUGGCCUAUAUUUCUUCCCAGAUGGGACCCGUGCUGCAGGCAGCCAUCAGCAUCUUUGGCAUGGUUGGGGGGCCGCUGCUUGGACUCUUCUGCCUUGGGAUGUUCUUUCCUUGUGCCAACCCUGCUGGUGCCAUCGUGGGCCUGUUGGCUGGACUCACCAUGGCCUUCUGGAUCGGCAUUGGGAGCAUCGUCACCAGCAUGGGCGCUGGCAUGGUCCCCUCUCCCCCUAACGGGUCCAGCUUCUCCCUGCCCAGCAAUCUCACUGCUGUCACGCUGAUGCCCACAACCACCCUCUCCAAGCCUGCAGGGCUGCAGCGGCUCUACUCUCUGUCGUACUUAUGGUACAGCGCUCACAACUCCACCACGGUCAUUGUGGUGGGCCUGACUAUCAGUCUUCUCACCGGGGGAAUGCGUGGCCGGACCCUGAACCCUCGGACCAUUUACCCAGUGGUGCCCAGACUCCUUGCCCUCCUGCCCCUGUCCUGUCAGAAGCGACUUAACUGCAGAAGCUGCAGCCAGGACAUCUGCGUGGACAACACUAUGUUUCCGGAGAAGAUGAGUAAUGGGAUGCUGAGGGACAAGGAGGCGGUGGCAGUGCCUGAGGAAGGCUCAGCCCAGCAGGGGAGCAGCCCCACCUUCAUUCUCCAGGAGACCUCCCUGUGAUCUGGACCUGAGGCUCAGGCCCAGAGGCCACCCUUGGUGCAGCAAUGAGUUACUUGACGUGUUUUGCAGGUGCAGGACUGGAUGACUUAACCCACACCAGAAGACCUUGUUCUUAGGGGUUCUCACUGCCAUAGAAACUGUCAUGUCUUGGGAAAUGCAAGGGUCCAAGGUUUUUCUUGCCCAAUGUCAGUCUGGUCUAGAAGACUAGGCCUGGAGGGGGCAAGAUUUUGCCAGAAGAGGGGACAGAAGUGAAUCUUCUGGGAAAAGGAAAAUGGCUUCUUACUCAAAUGAAUAGAAACAGCAUUACAGGCUUUAACUGCUCUGGGGCCCAAUUUGGCAAGUUUGACUUUCUCGAAGCUGCCCUGGCCAGCUAUUGCUUCCCUUGCGGUUAGCAGGAAAGCACAGAUUCUGUCAGCCACAGAGGGUCCCUGGGACUCCUUUCUGGUUGUCUGUGACACCCAGACCCCCCUCAUUCCUAUCUGUCUACCUCUAUUCUUGAGAGGGAGGUUUUGGUAUUUCCAAGAGGCCUCCUCAACUAGACAGGUACGUUCGUACAUUCAUCUCCUUUGUGUCAGUUUCAGAAGCUUUCCACCCACUGCCGCCCCCACCCCCCCUUGGGGCACAGGGCAGGUAUUAAUCCAAGAAACCAGGGCAUGACCGGUCCACUGUGGAGUGUGUCAUCCAUCCGAUUCCUGAGCCACGCCACCCUUGUGUCAUUCUAUGACUUGUGGUCCUGAUUCCCUUUGGAGUUUCUUUCCCACAUGUCUUUGUUCCUAGGGAAUAAAAACCUUUGGAUGUACAGUCUGAACUCCAGUGGUGUGUGGCUGUCCUUGUGCACCCCAACCCUUGCCCUGGACAGGAUAAAGAGCCCCCUCCUGUGCAGAGUUUUUCCUUACUGAGAGGCAAAGGACACUGUCACUGGCUCUGGAGGGGUCAAGUGUCUAUGGCCAGCACAUCUGUUGGGGCAGGAGACGGACCUCUUCUCAAGCUGCUUCUCACCCCUGCGGCUUAGUCAUCCCCCAAAUGCAAACCUGUCAUUCCCCUCAGUCCCUCUCCUGUGUGACUGCCUACGAGAGCCAGCCACCCUCUGGGUGGCUCCCUCCACCUGCUGCAACACAGCCCGUGA